AUGCCCGAAUUCGGCGGACGACCGUGCCACAGCCGACGGGAUGAACAGGCCUCACUGAGGAUUGAAUGCGAAGGAUACCAGACCGUCCUUCGAUGGGGCUCAGGUAUCGCCUCGAGGGGGCGCUUUGCCGGAGCGCUUGUGCCUGUCGAGAUCGAAGCGCCUCCACCCGCCAAGCGCAAGAAGAAAUCCAGGCUUGAUGAGAAAACAAGAGAAAGUGACGGCCUUGCAGUAGAAGGCUCGUCUGGGACUUUAAAACAGCUCGAUUCAAGUGCUAUUGCAGUUCCAUCCACAGUACUCACAGCCGCGGCUGGUUUAGGCGCGGCGCCACUCGAGACAACCUGGCCGGGUCACACAGAGCAGGACAGGCGUCUUUUGGAAGAAUUCAAUGAAACCACCGUCUUUAUGCUUCAUUCAAGUCGUCGGGAUGGCUUGUUCAGAUCGAAGCUUCGCCAGCUAGCAGAGAGAUCUGAAGCGCUCUGUGCUAUUUUGCUGGCCACACACCUCUACAUUUCGCAUCCAGAUGAUCCUUCGCAGCUUUUCGAAGAGUACUACCUUCGAGGCCUCUCGCUCUUCCGCAAUCAGUUGGAGUCAUUCCAUGGGAGCGUUGAUCUGGGCGCAAUGUACGCUGGGCUUUUUAUCUGCACCCUGAAUCUAUUUCAGAGUACUCCUUGGUCCAUCCACCUCGAGCUCAUGACAACAGUCUAUGGUCUCAACAGUGACCUCCACAACUCACCCGUCCUAUCUGAACCUGAAGCACGGUUUGCGUUAGAGCUAAUGGGUCUCAUGGAUAUGCCGACCUUCGUUCGCGGUCGCUCAACCUUGUCAUUGGGGAUCUGGAGAAGAUUGCGGCUUGCACAGGGUUCAAUAGGUAUGAAGAGAGGGGGCAUUCAAUCUGUCUCAAGCCUCCCAAGAUCCUUGCUCGACAUUUUUGCGAAUAUUCAGGGCGAGGACUCUGACACAGAUUUCUUGCAAUGGUUUGGAGAACCGGGAGAGAUACCGCAGAUUCAUCUAUGGGAGGCAUACCGUUUAGCAGGUAUUCUGACUGGUCGACGCCUACGCAACCGAGCAAAUACAGGCAUCACGGCAGCUUCAUCAAUAUCGUGCCCUGCCGCUCCUUCCGCCGAAGUACUAUUAGGCCGCUUGGUCGCUUCCAUUGACGCGCUCUGCGACGCGACCAGCCGGCCCGAAUUUUCAGAGCUUCUAACAACAAAUGCACUGCUCUAUCCCUACGUAGCUGCACGGCUGGAAGUGGGUGUCUUGCUUCGUCAGCCCACCUGGAUGGAAUCACUCCGGCGAGUAACAAGAAAAUACCAACCAUACGGCAAGACGGCGAAUGCGCGUAACAUUGCCGAGAUGCUAGAUGAAGCCUGGGACUUAGAAGACGAUGCGUAUGAUAUUGAUGAGCAAGCAAGACGGCGGAAUGUAGAGGUUGCCCUAUUCUGA